AAUUUACCCUUGCAUUAUACUGUUUUGAUUAUCCUAAGUGCAGAGCUAAGAGCUAAAUUGUAUCCCAUAUUGUAUCCCAUAGUAUCUUUACGUGAUAUUGGAGUUGGUGCUCGAAGUUAUGUGGAAAAACUUGAACAAACAAUGAUUGACCUUGCAUCUAUUUAUUGUGUGCAAGCCCGCCCCGGAGAAAAAGGUGAAACUGGGGUAUGGGUUGGAGAUAGAAAGAUCGGUGCUAUUGGUGUUCGCAUUCAAUCUGGGAUCACAUCUCAUGGUUUGGCAUUCAACAUUGAUCCCGAUAUAGAUUACUAUAAGCAUAUUGUCCCUUGUGGUAUCUCAGAUAAAGAGGUCACAUCUUUGAGAAGGGAGACAAAUUUGGAACUUCCUACUGAAGAAGUGAUUCAGAAUCAGUUAAUACAUUGUUUUGCUGAACAGUUCGGGUUUAGUCUCGUUUUGUUAGACAAAACUGAAAGCAAUUUUGAAUGA